UAUUGGGUCUCAGUCAGCGCUGGUCAUGACCACAGCUCCAUGCCGGUAGCUACGAGAAGGGAGCAGACCGAGUGAGGACCUGUCAAGGGACACCAGGAUGGUGAGGUGUUGGAAACAUUCGGAAAACCAUUUGGAGGAAGCACAGUGCACGGAUGGGGGCCCUGCAGUGUCCCCCCACUUCCCACACAAGGCCUUCUGGGUCAGCCUCUCAGCCUCUCUGCUCCUGGUCAUCAUUGCCCUCGGUCUGACAGGGCACCUCGGGGUGUCCCAACCCCACACUCAGUCUUUACAGAUUGUCCGAAUCACAGCUCCAGAUCAGACCGGAGUUCUCAUCAACCAGUCAGCAGUCGUGGACCAGCAGAACGACCUGGUGACCUUUUCUGUGACCUCAUCGGCAAACCAAACAUCCACUGUGCUCUUUGAUAUCAAACAUGGUUUGAUAUGCUACAAACCUGUCGACCAGGACAGCUGCUUCCUGCGAGACAUGGAGACGUCCGACUACGAGAACGUGCACUCCCUCCUGAGCGAGUCAACACACAAGCAGAGUCAGUUCCAGCUGUAUGGGAAUGAGACACAGAGGCAGACGGAGUUCCUAGGGGUGCUGGCAGCCAGUCAGGUGGACGUAUCCACCCUGGAGGAGCCUCUGCAGGCUCUGUGUCAGGACAGGACCGUCCACUGGACCAGGAGGGCCGAGGGCCCGGGGAAACAGAGGCUGGUCUACUUCUGUAUCGACAUCUGCUUUCCCAGCAACAUCUGCGUAUCUGUUUGUUUCUACUACCUGCCAGAGUGACUGUAUAUUCUCUUCCUCUCCUCCCAGCAAAAGAUCAGGGAAACAAAGUUGUCUUUUUAGCUCCCUUUACAAGAAAAAAAAAAAAAAGAACAAAAGCCAGCUUUGACGGUUUCCUUUGUGCCAUACUGCCGCCAGUAAACCAGUGAAGCAGCCAACUCCUUCAGUACAUUUCCAUCCUUCCGAGAGAGAGGAGAUGGAGACAGGCUGUCACGGUUAUUGCCAAAGCCCCAUCGUCACUCUCUUCAUGUCUUAUACCCUCUGUGGCGGCACACUUCAGAGAUUACAGAAGAAAGAUCCCCUUUUUUGUAUGUGCCUCUAAUUGUAUUUCCUGUAACCCACUGCUGCAGUGUAAUUAUGUGUAACCAUUCCAUUUGCAAUGUGAGUGUUUGGAUCUGUCCAAUAAAAGACUGUUGGUAAUUUUUGGCCAAUUUUUCUUCAUUAAACUGAAAAAAGGAGACUGACACAACUGGAGGACAGUAAGGACUUGUGUAAAUCUUGUGUUUACUGUGGAAUCAUUUUCUGUACAUUGUUUGAGAAGAAUACACCUUACAGCUUAACUUUGAAUAAAAAUAUGAAAUGAAUUAUACACAUCACACACCAGAGAUCAAUCAAUUCCAUGGCAUAUACCAUUAUCAGUCUACUGUGAAUAAUAUUUUGAUACAGUAAAUAAGGUUUACUAUAAAAACAAUGACAUUAACUUGAAAGGUAUCUCCUCUUGUGCACAGAGUGAAGAAGUUAAACACCUAUAGGGUCAAUGAUAAAUAUUACCACGUUUUUUAUACAAAUUUAUAGAUUGGCGGUACAGAAAUCACUACCUCUGCUUCAUUGUGGAUGGAUUUCUUCUUCGACGACUGCCUUAAUUUG